AUGUCGAAAAUGUGGGAGGUCGAUCCGGAGACGAAGGCCAAGCUCCUCCAAAUCUCCAAGACCAAUGGAAACGACAAAUGCUGCGACUGCGGCGCGCCAUCGCCUCAAUGGGUUCGUCUCCUGCAACACUCCCCGCCUACACCUGCUCUCCCCGCGGCUUCCCCGAAAUUCGGAACUUUCAUCUGUCUCAACUGCGCGGGCACUCACCGUGGUCUGGGCGUCCACAUCUCUUUCGUCCGAUCAAUCACCAUGGACGCCUUCAAGAAUGCUGAAAUCCAACGCAUGGAGCUCGGCGGUAACGAACCCUGGAAGUCCUUCUUCGAUGAUCACCCCGUCACCCAAUCCGAAGGCCGUACAUUCGAAGACUCCACAAUCAAAGAGCGCUACGAGGGCGAAGUAGGCGAGGAAUGGAAAGAGAGACUAUCCGCCAAAGUUGAAGGGCGGCCAUAUGUCCCGGGACAGAAGCCAGCGCAGCCGAAGAAGAAACCCGCCGUUGAACCCGCCUCUUCGCGAUCAAGCACGCCCUUGGGCCGGGCCUCGCCCGCAUCGCAUGAUGGAUUCAGUGGCAUGGGCGGUGGAAGGAAGGAGCUUAACGAGGCAUACUUUGCGAAACUGGGCUCUGAGAACUCCACACGGUCGGACUCUGUUCCACCAUCCCAAGGUGGCAGGUUUACUGGAUUUGGUGGUGGCAUGCCCGUUUCGUCAGGACCGUCCAGGAAUGCCUCCGGAGGGAACGUCCCCGGAUUUGACGAGUUCCAGAAAGAUCCCAUGGCCGCCUUGACGAAAGGAUUUGGCUGGUUUACGACAGCUGUUGGGAAGGGUGCGAAGACCGUGAAUGAUUCCUAUAUUCAGCCCACUGCUAAGACGAUAGCGGAGUCUGACUUUGCAGCCCAAGCCCGUCAACAUGCCACUCAACUCGGUCAAAACAUCCAAGUCGGUGCCCGCGGCGCUGCGGGACAAUUCCAACGAUUCGUAGAAGGCCCAGAUGAGAAUACCGCCGCUCGGCGUCGCGUCGAACCCGAACGGAAAGAUUUCUGGGACGACUUCUCUGCCCUCGGCCAAGAGGAGAAUCACCGCAGAAAUGUCUCCAGAUCUAGCGCCAUUGGAACUGCAGCAAUGAAGCCGGGUCCUUCUUCUACCUCCGCGCAGUUUGCGACUACGUCUAGUGCUGCUCCUUCCGGUGCCAGCACGACGGGCAAUAAUACCUCGUCAACAACCGCGAAGGAGAAGGACGAGUGGGACAAUGAUUGGUGA